AUAAUAAUAAUAAUAAUAGUUCGAGGAGGAGGAGGAGGAGGAGAAGCCUUCGCAUCUCUCGUCUUUCUCGAGCAGCAACAAUGGCGAAUCCGAGCUCCCCUGGCGUCCUCGCCGCCUUGCAGGAGAUCAUGAGGAUUUACCGAGCUCUUCCGCUGCGGCCGUCCAUCGAGGAGGUGGAGGCUGCCGUGGUCGUCAUCCAGUCCGUAGACGCCGAGGAGGAGGCGCGGAUGAGGGAGAUUGGUCGUAUCCAGAAGCCCCCCGAUGUCCCCGAGCAGCUCUUCCUCGUCCUGCAGGAGGCGAGGAAGAACCAGGUGCUAUUUCAGUGUCGGGAGCAGCGGCGGGACGCCAUGGCCGUGGUGGACUUGGACAGGAGGUUCCAGGCCUUCGAUGAGCUGGUGCAGAGGGCCUCCAAGGCGAUGAGUUUGGAGGAUGGUGAUGGUAGGGGAGAUGAGGAGGUGGGAUUCGAGGCUGGAUUUGAUGUGUUAGUGCCUAGAUUGGGCAGGAGUUUGAGCUUGAUCGGGAAGGAGAAGGAUGACAAGUUGGGGGAUUUCAAUUUCUCCAAUGGGCCGGCUUAUUCCUUCAAAUCCGAGGUGUCUUCAGCUACUGGUGACCGAUCGAAGUUAAGCUUAAUCCAACUGGCAAGCUUGAUUGAGAGUUCAGCAAAGAAUGGAGUUGGAGUUAUUAACCUUAAAGGGAAGUUGUUGGACCAGAUUGAGUGGCUUCCAGUAUCACUUGGAAAACUUCAAGAAGUCUCCGAGUUAAACUUAUCCGAGAACCGAAUCAUCACACUUCCGCCAUCGAUCAGCAGUCUAAAAUCCUUGACAAAGCUCGACGCGCAUUCCAACCAGCUGAGCAGCCUUCCUGACUCGUUUGCGGAGCUAUCCAACUUAGUUGAUCUUGAUCUCCAUGCAAACAGACUCAAAUCUCUACCCUCAUUGAUUGGAAAUCUUACCAAUUUAGCCAACCUUAAUCUUAGUUCAAAUCAGUUGUCUAGUCUCCCAGACACUUUAGGCAACCUCACAAACUUGCAAAGAUUGAAUACCGAGACUAACAAUCUCGAAGAGCUUCCUUAUACGAUUGGAUCCUGCACUGCACUGGUUGAGCUAAGGGUGGAUUUCAAUCAACUGAAAGCACUGCCUGAAGCAGUCGGAAAGCUCGUAAACUUGGAAGUCCUCACAUUGCACUACAAUAGAGUUAAAUCCUUGCCUACGACCAUGGCUUCACUAACUAAAUUGAAAGAGCUCGAUGUGAGCUUCAAUGAGCUCGAGUCCAUACCUGAGAGCCUUUCCUUUGCUACUAGCUUAGUGAAGCUGGACGUUGGAAGAAACUUCGCUGACUUGAGGGCGUUGCCGAGGUCAAUCGGGAACCUAGAAAUGCUGGAAGAGCUGGACAUUAGCAGCAACCAGAUAAGAGUGUUGCCUGAUUCCUUCAUGUUCUUGUCAAAGUUGAGAGUGAUCAAUGCGGAUGAAACUCCGUUGGAAGUGCCACCGAGAAACAUCGUAAAGCUCGGAGCACAGGCCGUCGUGCAGUACAUGGCUGAUUUGGUCGAAGGGAACGUUCAACAGGCAGAUCCAAUUCGGCAGAGACACACUUUAUGUUUCCAUGUAUGCUCAUUGUCUUGACCUCCGAGAAAGAGUGGCAAGGAAAGCACAGAUUCCCCGAGGCAUGAUUCCGCUCGCACAUAUUUCGUGUGGUUCGGGAAUGCAUCUGAUCAAGUUCAUUCAGAAAUAUCUUUUCCCCAAAGGAAGGAAACAAUACAAUGAGUCAGUCGACGACGAGAGAAACUCAAAUGGAUAUCUUUUAGGGCUUCAUUGUGUUGUUGCAGGUUUCGUGGAAUUCGGUUGGAUCGAACACCUUCCCAUGUCUCUACAGCUCGGGAGCAAUCUCCAGAUGGCACCAGGUUUUGAAAUAUAACCCAGAAGAUACAGCCAGACCAGCAAAAUUUGGAAACAUUAUAAGAGGAAUUAUUUGUUUAUUUUUUCAUGAUCUGGAUUGAGAGAGACAGGAAGGGAACUUCUUGUAGGGACCAAGAACAGUGGCAUUAUAUAUAUAUAUAUAUAUAUAUAUAUAUAUAUAUAUAUAUAUAUGGGUGACCGUGGAUGACUGCAGAGGUGGCAUGGUGACGCGGCGUCAACUUGAAAAUUUUUAAUCUCUCUUACAUCGCACGGGUUUAUUUGUUUUCGUUUUCAUCUUUCGCUUCCGUCUCUUAAAACGAAGUCUUUUUCAUUGUUCAUCCACUCUUCCUCCGCUUCCAAUCCUAUAUAUAGGUCAUCGUCUUCAACUCUCAACUCAUAUCAAGUGAGUUAGGGUUUUGCUUACAAUUAUAUUGAGUUCGUGUCAAGUGAGUUAGGAUUUUUGCUCACAACUAUAUUGGUCAUCUCCCUCCUUUUCUUUUUUCUACUGUUGUUUUAGAAUGACGUAAAAAAGUGUUGUGAAGGUAUGUUGAGUGUUUGUCUUUUACCCUACAAUUUCUAAGAAUCAACUAUUUAAGAAUCA